CGCUAUCACCUGAACAUACAGACAUUGUCACAGAGACAGUAGAGACAGUGCUCCCUAGAUCAGUGGAGAGAAAGAUGUCUGGGGAAUCGUUAUUAUCUGAACAUACAGACAUUGCCACAGAGACAGUAGAGACAGUGCUCCCUAGAUCAGUGGAGAGAAAGAUGUCUGGGGAAUCGUUAUCAUCUGAACAUACAGACAUUGUCACAGAGACAGUAGAGACAGUGCUCCCUAGAUCAGUGGAGAGAAAGGUGUCUGUGGAAUCGUUAUCAUCUGAACAUACAGACAUUGUCACAGAGACAGUAGAGACAGUGCUCCCUAGAUCAGUGGAGAGAAAGGUGUCUGUGGAAUCGUUAUCAUCUGAACAUACAGACAUUGUCACAGAGUCAGUAGAGACAGUGUUCCCUAGAUCAGUGGAGAGAAAGAUGUCCGUGGAAUCGUUAUCAUCUGAAAAGACAGACAUUGUCACAGAGACAGUAGAGACAGUGUUCCCUAGAUCGAUGGAGAGAAAGGUGUCCGUGGAUUCGUUAUCAUCAGAUGAUACAGACAUUGUCACAGAGACAGUAGAGACAGUGUUCCCUAGAUCAGUGGAGAGAAAGAUGUCUGUGGAAUCGUUAUCAUCAGACGAUACAGACAUUGUCACAGAGUCAGUAGAGACAGUGUUCCCUAGAUCAAUGGAGAGAAAGGUGUCCGUGGAAUCGUUAUCAUCAGACGAUACAGAUAUUGUCACAGAGACAGUAGAGACAGUGUUCCCUAGAUCAAUGGAGAGAAAUGUGUCCGUGGAAUCGUUAUCAUCAGACGAUACAGAUAUUGUCACAGAGACAGUAGAGACAGUGUUCCCUAGAUCGAUGGAGAGAAAGGUGUCCGUGGAAUCGUUAUCAUCUGAUCAUACAGACAUUGUCACAGAGACAGUAGAAACAGUGUCGUACAGGAUAGAUUCAGACAAUAGAAAUGACUUGAAAGCAGAUGUGACGGAGAGAAAUUAUAAUAAGAACCGUGAGAGUGAUGAAGAAACAAUCAGAUACGAAACAGAAGAAAUAAUUUUACCGAGCAUAUUCAAAAACAAAGGCAAUGAAAGUCAAGGUAUUAGUCAGGGUGAUUCUGAGAAUGAGAGAGAGAAAACUAGCCAUUCGUAUGCUUCAGGGGAGAGGCUGCUGCGUCAAAGGUCAGGUCUUGGUUAUAGUAGACUGGACUCCCUAAGUGACAGCUACGGCUCUGAUCGUCAAACAGAAUCAUUUUAUUCCAGUGAACGUCAGGCAUCAUUGAUUAGAAAUGACAAUGACGAACAGACCGUAAAAUACACAAAUACCGGUAUCACAAAGCCUUCUCAAGUCUGGGGCUUUGAUACCGGGUUUAGCACGUCCCGGCAAGACCCUAGAGACAAAGCCUCCACAUCUUUUCGUCAGAGUAAUGCGAGUGACAGCGACCUGGAGGAAAGCUUAGGUUCUAUAACAACUCUUCAGGACAAUGAGAACCUGUCGGAUUUAAGUAAUUUAGACGAUACACUGGGGUCGCGGACCGAGGAGAACGCCGGUGGAGAACAGAGCAGGUAUUUGAGAGAUUAUACAAGGCAGCGUGACAUCAGUAGGAACACCUCUUUCUCCGAGGACACGUAUACAUCGGUUCAUGAGGAGUUUUAUGUGCCGAUCCCCCAGAAGCAAACAGAGGCCAGGGCAGAGGGAUCUAAAGGCCACAGUCAAGCAGACAACUUUCCCUCGUACAGAGAGCGUUUUUACGGGAGAUCUACUGGCGAGACCGGAGGGCCAAUUGUGAGACAAGACGCUAGUUCAACGUAUACAUUCCAACCCGAGACACGGGCACAAAAUGUAAGUGAGUCGAGCGACGGUUUUUCUGAGAGGUAUUCCAAUGUAAACGGUGCAGAGCAAAAGUCACAGGAGAACGAUUCUGUGCUGCUUUGGUCUAGCCUGUUUUCACAGCCUGACACGGUCCAAGGGAGAUCAGCGUGGCAGGCACACAGCUCUGAGCAGGCAGAUAAUAGAGUAUUUACAGACCCUUCAGGCUACAGGGAAAAACCUGCCGAACAACUUCGCGAGAAUAAUAUCAAUAUUGCAAAAAAAGGAGACAGUUGGGGAGAUCACGUGAUAUUUUCUUCCUCCAACCCCCCUGUAUAUGGAGUAAGGCUUGACGGUGACAGCGACGUCACAGCUCAAGCAGAACUUAGCGAGGAAUUCGACAAGGACAGGGAAAAACUAUCGGGAAACGCAUUCUCUGCUAAUUUUACUUCCGAAUCACGUCCGGGGAAAUAUGAGAAAUCACUUAAUGGAGGUAACCACAGCCUGUUUUAUGACGGUUCAGCGGACACAGCUCAGCAGGUGAAAGGUGUUAGAAGGCUGUAUACUAGUGAGGGGAAGGACAAGCAUCAGAGUGGACAGAAAUACCAAAGAGGUAGCAUGGCGUACUUACUGACGGGCAAGGAACAUAUGUCAGGAGAUGUGAACCGGAGUGGUUCAUCUACGCCCCAGAGAAAAGACCUUUAUGUGGAAGAGGACAUAGUAAUGUCACAUGGUGGCGUGGAUGAAAGGAGAGGGUCGCAUAGCAGCAGAGAUUACCUCAGUGACAAUCAUGGCGGACAAGAUUUUUUCCAUUUUGAUAUGAAAUCCCCUAGCAACAAUCACAGGGAAGCCAACGAAGGUAGACGAGAAAGAAUUCAGCACAUUGAACGUAGCGAAACAAGAACUGUGAACUCGGCAAGCGACCACGUCGAGGUUUUGCCGGACACCUAUAUAGGCACCUCAAUACCCUCCGACCUGCCGGACUCCUAUAUAGGCAAGUCUAAAUCUCCCACCUCCAUUCCUAUUCACAUAAAAACUAACGGUCGGAGUGCAGACGAGGUGAGUCAGAAUUCUUCCCGUGUGUCUUUGCAUGAGAAUAAAACUUCCAGUAAUCACCGGCCGUAUGAUAAGAAAGAUGGUAAAGGGAGCCGCGAUAAAAAAUCUGAGCACAGACGAACAGAGCACACUACAACCACGUAUAUGUCUUCUCAAAACCACAACGGUGACAGUAGAAAUCACGGCACCUCCGAGCGAUCGGGGCGCACCGACCACACUAAUGUGAUCCAUGUACAGACUAACACAACAGGUCUAGAUUCUGGCCGCAGGGAAAGGCGAAAUGUCGAUCUGACGUCUAAACAUGAAUUGGGAAAGCCCUCAGGAGAUGACAAUAUAAGCAUCUCUAGCCUCUCUUCUCAAUCCAGUUCGUCAUUUGCAGAGGCGGGGAAUUCUUUCGUUUCGCCUGCUUCUAGAAAUCCCCAGCGGAAGGAAAAACGCGGUUUACAUGCGGAGAAGAGCAGACGUGCGGACACAGUAAGCGUUGAAUAUAUCUCUGAGAAUAGACAGCCCGUUAAUCAGGCCUCAAUGCCGAAACACGCUAAGAAAACGCACUACUACAGUAGUAAUGUGGAGUCUGACUUUUCAGAUAGGGACCAGCGAUCUUCUAAAGACGUUCAAUAUCUGAUUAAAUCGCUGGAGAACGACACGAAGCAUCCCCGCCGACCAAUCCCCGGCGUGGACAGAGAUGCUUUUUCGUAUCACGUGACCUCGUCAAGUAAUGAAAACAAGUCUUCGUCUCGUAACAAUCACGUUAAUGAGGUGGACGUCACAACCCGAGAGGCCAUGCGAGACAGGACGAACAAGCCUGUACAGGGAUCCUCCCAUGUUAUCAGACAAUACAAGGAGGAGCGGAUCGUAGAAGACGUCAAGGGACCAAGUUCGGUGCACCUCGCGCCGGAGAGAGUGGAUAGCGGCCAGAGAACUAUUGUACUUCAGAACGGACAGCCACAAAACAGGGCCAUCAAAAUACACGCUUCCAGUCUGGAUCGCUCUGAUUCUGACAGAACAGCUACUUUGGAGGAUUCUAAGAGACACAAAAAGAAGGGCCACCCAUCAGCUGGGGAGACCAAAUUGUAUGUAGACAGCUCUGGAGCACCUCAUCACAGAGUGAAGUCGGAGAAAGUGAGAGUUGUCAAGGAAAAAACUUAUCACAAGAGCCACUCGGUCAGCUCGGACGACUAUUCCUCCGACGAAGAAGGUGGCAGGCGCAGAAAACCAGAUUCAGGUAAAGUCUCCACAGUUUUAUACGAUUUUUCCUCCAAACAACACCCGAGUUUGUCUAACGUUGUACAUCUUGAGGGCGCUUCGGGUUUGAAGUCCCGGGAUAGCGUUAACAGUCAGGAUAUUUACAGUACUCCUCGUAAUACUGACAAGCCUUACCGAGCACGCUCCUCUUCCGAAUCUUCUCUCUCAGACCACGACCAGAGAAAGGGCACCGGCAUCAACAAGGCCAAGUCCCAGGAACUUUGGCUGACCCAAGACCUCAACAGACACCAGCCUCGCAAGUACAAAUCGGAGAACGUUUUUUACGAACAUUACAACGUUAAGCGAGAAAACCCGAUGUAUGUCGAAGGCGAUAAAGUAGUGUAUGUGUCUCCGCAUACAAAACAUGGAGCCCGCAGUCCCACCCGGGAGAUAUAUGUGGACACGAAAUCCCACCCGACCCACAGGCACCAGCUUUCUUCGUCGUUUUCCUCGAUUUCCCCGGCAGGUUCCCCUACUCCUGAGGACCGCCACGUUACCACCGUCAGCUUUGACGAGAGUUUUAACCGUAAGCGCAGUGGCAGUCCUAUUAUCGAAAACAACGUAUACAAACCCAAAGUCCACGUGAAGAAACACCGAGUGGUUAAAACUGAUCAACAAAUUAUUCGUCCUGCUGAAUCUGAUAAUGAGCUUUAUGUACGCGGGUCAAGAUCGUCACCUUAUCGUGUGGUGGUCAAAGGGGACAGGCAAAGGAGUGGUCGGAGCAGCGACACCGAUGACAGUUUUUACAGCGACACAAGAACUUCUGGCUCUCACCGCUCUACCAUCAACAUCUCCAGGGGAUCGGACAAAAGGCCCGACCCUAACGUACCGGCCGUUAUGUCCAUCCCUCUGUCCAACCACCCAGUCGCUAUGACAAUCCCUGGGGUGCAGGAAACAAAAUACGUGACCAACAAAUCUGAGAGAGUGGAGUUACGGCGCAGUGCCAGUUUAGAUUCUGUUAGGGACAUGGUGGACUAUCCGACAGAUCUGAAAAACAGCUUCCGAUCAGAGAAAGUUUUGCACCUCGGGAGCUCGUCAGAUGGACCCUCCUCACCAGAAAUGAGAAGCCCCAGCUCGCCAUACGUCAGCACCAUCACCAUCCUUAAUAGGAAGUUGAAUGUCAAGGACCCCAACGUCGACUCAGGCAACGGCACUGAGAUAAUUAGUUCUGAUGAUGACAUCAGAUACCGGUCCCAGUUGAACCCUGUCAAGGAGGAGGUUGUCUAUGCGACCAAGGAAGUGCCUCGCAGCGAAACCAGGAGGUCAGAAAAACACACAACUUACACAACAUAUGAGGAGUACAGAGACAGCAACGACAGUUAUGAGUAUGUGAAACCUUCGCAGCAGAAAGUCACCACUAUCCGCCAGGAGCGCCAAAUUCCCAUCAGAGAGGAAAGAAUUCGUCCUGUCCGCGAAGACAGGGCCAAGGCUGUCCGUGAAUCACUGCAUGAGAAAUUUAGCAACAUGAGUUACGAGCAGAGCCAUGAACCACAACAAGUGGAACAGAAAUCUACGUCCGAUCUUAAGGUAGUCCGCGGACAAUUUGUCAUCCGUAACUCCAUGGACAUUGAUUUGGACGAAGGGGACUCAUUGGGGGUAGAUGACAACAUCAACAUUUUUGAUAAUUCCUUUACAAUGAAUAAGGAAAAUCCUCUUUACCAGAGCGACCCUGACAUUUACAACAAAUUCGAGAGCGAAACAGUGGAAGAGCGGAAGAUAAGAAUAAAAGAGCCAAACCCUGGGCUGUCGGAAAAUAGUGUGCGGUUGUCGUGGGACGAGGUAGAUGCUCGGAGAAGAGAGAACCGGCAUGCUGGUAGUGGUAGCGGUAGAAAAACUCUCUCGUCUAUUCACCUCGAAUACGAUAGAAAUGAUCUCGAUGUUCCUUAUGCAGAAGGCGAUUUUGGAGAUGGCUUCGAGGAUAUCAUCCAGAACACCCGGCAGGCCGCCCUGAAGAGCGCCCCGAACAAGAAGAAACAGAACCUGAGUCAGAUGCUCCUGUCUAAACUGGCUCAGAUUGAUUCCAAGGACAUCACUCAACACAUUGACGUCCAGCACAACAAUGAGGAGAUAUACGGCGACAUCAAGUUCAUCCACGCCGAUGGCAGCAAGUCCGAGGCGAUGGAUACGACCAACUUCGACUCCGUCUCGGAACACAUCGACUUGAUGCUGAAAGAAGGUAAAGCCCUGAUAACGAUCAAAGUGACCGCCGAAAGAAUUAUCCCUAUAGACUUUGAGUUCAAUGUGUGGAGGAAGAGCCAGGCCAUCGUAACGAGGAACAUUGAGAUCGACCUCAAGGCUAACGACCAGAGGAGGCGUCUGUACGAGCACGUAAUGGAGACGACGCCGAGGAGGAUGAUAGGUUCCGGCUCCUCCAGCUACCAACAGUCCGACGAAGCCGUCCUCAGCAGCAAGGACACGCUCAAACUCUUCACACGACUCCUCAGUGUGGCUGACAAAGACGAGAAGGCAAUCGAGCGAGAUGAAGUGCGAUAUGAAACGAAGCACAGGGACCGCUCGGACUCACUACCGUCUUUGUCAAAUGCUGACAUGUUGUACUGAACACUCUCCGACAUAUUUAUGUGCCAAUACUUGCGUCAUUUCUACAUCGACAAGAACAAAGAAGCUUCAUCCUGGACCAUCCGGUUUUCUCCAAAUUUGUUAGCUCAUUAAAAGAUUAUCUAAGGUAUAUUUAUAUAAAUAUGUUCUGGCAACGUGGUGCUGAUUUCAACAUGUGGGACCCCCUAUGGUCUAUUGCAUUUUACACUAUUACCUGUGCAUAUUAAAACUGCCUCAUGGAUGGAAUUUUGGCUCCUAACAUCUCCUGGGACGUUACAGAAUAACGUUUGUUUUACUCGGAAGUGCUUCUUCCUGCUUUUGUAAGAAACACCGCCUCCCAGAUUGCAAGAAGCUUGUGAAACAGUUAUUAACUGUGCACUUUCUGCGGCAGAUUUAUGGCUGCUAAAAUGUUGUUUCAAGCAAGUGACUCAGAUUAAAAAGCUUGGAUCUACCCUUUUCAUUGUGCUCGAAACAAUAUGCACUUUAACCUCUCCAUUCAAUGCGCUUCGUGACACUAUUCGCAAAGACUGUCUCAAGAGGCUUGGACAGUGAUCGUCGCCAAACAAAAGUUGUCAUUUAAUUUUCCAUGAGAGACAGACCAUUCUUUUGGCUCCAUAUCACUUUAAGAGGAUUGUGGAAUUGUGUGCCAAAGUCUGUGGUAAUACUUCCGAUCACACAAUUUUUCCAAUCAUAUUUUUGAAUUCAUCUUCCAAUAAUAUUUUUGCGCCAGUGAAUUUCAGCGACCGACUCAGGAUGUGAAUUCAAGAUAAUGGCGUGCAGUGAAUGUGGUCGGUGAUUCCGUAAUGUCCGGUGGACAUACUUGUGUGGAUGUAAAAUGUGUAAUUGAUUUCAGAAGAGUCGAUUUGGGGGACUUUUUCUCAGGUAACACAAAUAUAUGUGAAGCUGUGACUUUGCGUACUGUAUUUCGUGAAAAAAAAAAUAAGUGCAUUCUUCUUAUUAUACCCGUGUUUCUUGCCGGACAUACAGCCAGUAACGGUGUUCACAAAACAGAGCCUUUUGUUGUUGACAUUUGUUUACCUAUCUAACAAUGGCAUACAGUGAUUGUGUUGUAUAUGUGCUGGACUUACGGGCCUCAGUGCUGACUUUACAUAUCUUGUUUUCUUUACUGUCACUUGUUCAAUAGUUAACGAUAUGAUAAGUUUUAUCUGUCUUAUUCCUUUCUUAUUAUGCAUGUUUCUAUAUUUUUUCAUACACUUUUGUUACUUAAUUUAGCUGUACAGAGACGUGCCAUACUAACAGAAAUGAUAUUGGCGAUACCAUUUAGAUUGUAGUGACAGCAAAAUUACUGCAGUAGUGUUAAAUAGGAGCAUGCGUACUUGUGCUGUUCUGUACGCAAGCCUCAACGGCACCCUACCCUUGUCUACUGGCCUUUCUCUUGAUCUGUUUAAUCAAUGGGAGAAAAUUAUUUCAGGUGUAUCGGAUACUUUAGGCAGUGCCUUUAUUUGUGUGUAACAUGCUGAGCGAUACUUGUAAGGUGCAUGCAGUCUAUGCACUAUUUAUGUGAUAUAAACCACUUACGUUCAUAGAAAAGGUGUAGUGUCCAUUAUGUGAUCCUGGAUCGCCCCAUUACUGUGAUGUUAUAUGUACAUAUGUAUAUGACUUGAUCGUUAUGAUAUCUAUGCAAGUGGAUCGAUACUUUAUUUACAUAAUGUAUUUUAAAUACACAGCCACCUGUUGCAUGCAUUACUUUUCAUGACGCUAUCGUGCGUCCAGAACUUUCAUAAGUGUCGCCUGUUGUUUUUGUGUGUUUAAUUCCGGAGAUUUUCCCGUUACAAACCUGUUCAGCUUUCCCACACCAGCCAUGUGGCACUGCUAUACAAGCUGAGUCACGAUAUUCCUACAGCCAAUCCACUGUAACCUUACACAUAUACUCAUAUAAAAGCCAGUCGAACAUAACAACUACAUAUCAACACAUGUACAUAAAUAUAUAUUUGUGAGGAAAUAAGUUGCUACCAUGUAUAAACAAAGUUUAUUUUUACAAAACAGCAGUAACAAGUGGCAUAUGCAUUCGUCCAUCACGUUAAAGUGGAAAUGACAACCAAGUAUAUUUGUCAAGCAUUGUUGAUGUUGUAAAACAUUCUUACUAAUGAGGUCUCAGUUUAAAGCCUUGCAUUUUCACCUGUGUCUCUUGACGAACUAAUCUUCACUGGAUAAAAUGUGUUCCGAGGCGGGGUGCAAGUUGGUGAAUACAAACUUUCACGAUGCGGUCUUCAGGUAAAAAAUAUCAACUAGUGUGACUUUAACUGCAGAAAAAUCAACCAAACUGAAUGUCUUCCUUAUUUGUUGAUGAAAGCUAAUUGCAAAAUAUGAUCACCCGUUUUUAGGGCUGACAAUAUUAAUCAUUCUGACAGAACCCAUCGUGUUAACUGCUCCAAGAUCAGUUUUGUCCAAAUGUUUCCAUCAUGUUCUGCUUUGAAACUGCAACACUUUCCACUGGAUACUUUUGUCAGGUGAAACAUUACAGGUCAGGUGAAAGUGUUCAAGGUGAAUGAUUACUAGUAUGCAACUCAUGCUGUUUAAGACCAUUUACUGCCGAAAUAUUUCAAGAACCUGUUAAUAGUCGUGUACUUCUCCACAACUAAAAAACGUGUAAAUCUGUUAAUAGUCGUGUACUUCUCCACAAGUAAACGUGUAAAUCUGUUUAUAGUCGUGUACUUCUCCACAAGUAAACGUGUAAAUCUGUUAAUAGUCGUAUUCAACCUGUCUUCACAAAACGUAUUCAGUGUUUAUCUAAUCUGUGUGUCUUUCCUGGAAAGGUAUUCAGUUAUAUUGUGUACACUGUAGGUAAAUGUCAUAACUCCGAUAUUGUAACAUAUUAGUGUUCACCGCAAGGAACUUACACUUGUAAUCAACAAGGUAUCCCGUAACAGUAUAGCAGGAUGUGCUUACCGAUAUUACUACUACAGCCGGUGGGGGAAUCAUACAGUAUAUAAAUACAGACUGCCUUCUGUAUACCCUCAAUAAAUAGUUAUGUACUACUGUUAA